AUGUUUUUACUACUUUUUGUCGCUCUUCGUGCUACAGAAAUAAGAGCCAACUCAAAGGAUCCAAAGCCAAUAGAUGCCUUGAACAAGCCAGCUCCUUCAACAGGAAAUGGCAAAGAAAUCCAAGCACCCUUGACUAAAUCAAAUACUACUAAAGUAGGCAAUACAAAUGCAACAUUACCAACAAAUACUAAUCCCAACCCAUUGCCAACCAAAAAUGCUACAGUAAAUAAGAAUGUUAACAUCCCUGGUAAAAAUUUAACACAGAAGCUUAAUAAAACAGCUGCUAUCCCAUCUGAAGGAGUAGCUAAGGUAAAUACAACUGCCCCUGCAGUUGCAAAACCAAUUAACUCUUCAAAGGUUCCACAGAUUAAUCAAACAGUCAAACCAAAGGUAGUUGUUCCAAACCCAGCAUUACCAGCUCCAAUGAAGGAAGUAGUUAACACAACAACUAAGAUUGCCAAUACUACAGCCAAGCCUCAAUUAAAGACCGGAAAUCAGACAGCAAAAGUUAACUCUACAAAUGCCAGUACUACAGUUCCUUCCGGAGAAAAGCCAAAGACAUCUCCAAUUUCAAGAAACACCGUAGAAAAGAAGGACAAUGAAACAAAGAAGAAGGACAAUGAAACAAAGAAGAAGGACAAUGAAACAAAGAAGAAGGACAAUGAAACAGAGAAGAAGGACAAUGAAACAGAGAAGAAGGACAAUGAAACAAAGAAGAAGGACAAUGAAACAGAGAAGAAGGACAAUGAAACAGAGAAGAAGGACAAUGAAACAGAGAAGAAGGACAAUGAAACAGAGAAGAAGGACAAUGAAACAGAGAAGAAGGACAAUGAAACAAAGAAGAAGGACAAUGAAACAGAGAAGAAGGACAAUGAAACAGAGAAGAAGGACAAUGAAACAGAGAAGAAGGACAAUGAAACAGAGAAGAAGGACAAUGAAACAAAGAAGAAGGACAAUGAAACAAAGAAGAAGGACAAUGAAACAAAGAAGAAGGACAAUGAAACAGAGAAGAAGGACAAUGAAACAAAGAAGAAGGACAAUGAAACAGAGAAGAAGGACAAUGAAACAGAGAAGAAGGACAAUGAAACAAAGAAGAAGGACAAUGAAACAGAGAAGAAGGACAAUGAAACAGAGAAGAAGGACAAUGAAACAGAGAAGAAGGACAAUGAAACAGAGAAGAAGGACAAUGAAACAGAGAAGAAGGACAAUGAAACAGAGAAGAAGGACAAUGAAACAGAGAAGAAGGACAAUGAAACAGAGAAGAAGGACAAUGAAACAGAGAAGAAGGACAAUGAAACAGAGAAGAAGGACAAUGAAACAGAGAAGAAGGACAAUGAAACAGAGAAGAAGGACAAUGAAACAGAGAAGAAGGACAAUGAAACAGAGAAGAAGGACAAUGAAACAGAGAAGAAGGACAAUGAAACAAAGAAGAAGGACAAUGAAACAGAGAAGAAGGACAAUGAAACAGAGAAGAAGGACAAUGAAACAGAGAAGAAGGACAAUGAAACAGAGAAGAAGGACAAUGAAACAGAGAAGAAGGACAAUGAAACAGAGAAGAAGGACAAUGAAACAGAGAAGAAGGACAAUGAAACAGAGAAGAAGGACAAUGAAACAGAGAAGAAGGACAAUGAAACAGAGAAGAAGGACAAUGAAACAAAGAAGAAGGACAAUGAAACAGAGAAGAAGGACAAUGAAACAGAGAAGAAGGACAAUGAAACAGAGAAGAAGGACAAUGAAACAGAGAAGAAGGACAAUGAAACAAAGAAGAAGGACAAUGAAACAGAGAAGAAGGACAAUGAAACAGAGAAGAAGGACAAUGAAACAGAGAAGAAGGACAAUGAAACAGAGAAGAAGGACAAUGAAACAGAGAAGAAGGACAAUGAAACAGAGAAGAAGGACAAUGAAACAGAGAAGAAGGACAAUGAAACAGAGAAGAAGGACAAUGAAACAGAGAAGAAGGACAAUGAAACAAAGAAGAAGGACAAUGAAACAAAGAAGAAGGACAAUGAAACAAAGAAGAAGGACAAUGAAACAGAGAAGAAGGACAAUGAAACAAAGAAGAAGGACAAUGAAACAGAGAAGAAGGACAAUGAAACAAAGAAGAAGGACAAUGAAACAAAGAAGAAGGACAAUGAAACAAAGAAGAAGGACAAUGAAACAAAGAAGAAGGACAAUGAAACAAAGAAGAAGGACAAUGAAACAGAGAAGAAGGACAAUGAAACAGAGAAGAAGGACAAUGAAACAAAGAAGAAGGACAAUGAAACAAAGAAGAAGGACAAUGAAACAGAGAAGAAGGACAAUGAAACAGAGAAGAAGGACAAUGAAACAGAGAAGAAGGACAAUGAAACAGAGAAGAAGGACAAUGAAACAAAGAAGAAGGACAAUGAAACAGAGAAGAAGGACAAUGAAACAGAGAAGAAGGACAAUGAAACAGAGAAGAAGGACAAUGAAACAGAGAAGAAGGACAAUGAAACAGAGAAGAAGGACAAUGAAACAGAGAAGAAGGACAAUGAAACAGAGAAGAAGGACAAUGAAACAGAGAAGAAGGACAAUGAAACAGAGAAGAAGGACAAUGAAACAGAGAAGAAGGACAAUGAAACAAAGAAGAAGGACAAUGAAACAAAGAAGAAGGACAAUGAAACAAAGAAGAAGGACAAUGAAACAGAGAAGAAGGACAAUGAAACAAAGAAGAAGGACAAUGAAACAGAGAAGAAGGACAAUGAAACAAAGAAGAAGGACAAUGAAACAAAGAAGAAGGACAAUGAAACAAAGAAGAAGGACAAUGAAACAAAGAAGAAGGACAAUGAAACAAAGAAGAAGGACAAUGAAACAAAGAAGAAGGACAAUGAAACAAAGAAGAAGGACAAUGAAACAAAGAAGAAGGACAAUGAAACAAAGAAGAAGGACAAUGAAACAAAGAAGAAGGACAAUGAAACAGAGAAGAAGGACAAUGAAACAGAGAAGAAGGACAAUGAAACAAAGAAGAAGGACAAUGAAACAAAGAAGAAGGACAAUGAAACAAAGAAGAAGGACAAUGAAACAAAGAAGAAGGACAAUGAAACAGAGAAGAAGGACAAUGAAACAGAGAAGAAGGACAAUGAAACAGAGAAGAAGGACAAUGAAACAGAGAAGAAGGACAAUGAAACAGAGAAGAAGGACAAUGAAACAAAGAAGAAGGACAAUGAAACAAAGAAGAAGGACAAUGAAACAGAGAAGAAGGACAAUGAAACAAAGAAGAAGGACAAUGAAACAGAGAAGAAGGACAAUGAAACAGAGAAGAAGGACAAUGAAACAGAGAAGAAGGACAAUGAAACAGAGAAGAAGGACAAUGAAACAGAGAAGAAGGACAAUGAAACAGAGAAGAAGGACAAUGAAACAAAGAAGAAGGACAAUGAAACAAAGAAGAAGGACAAUGAAACAGAGAAGAAGGACAAUGAAACAGAGAAGAAGGACAAUGAAACAGAGAAGAAGGACAAUGAAACAGAGAAGAAGGACAAUGAAACAAAGAAGAAGGACAAUGAAACAGAGAAGAAGGACAAUGAAACAGAGAAGAAGGACAAUGAAACAGAGAAGAAGGACAAUGAAACAAAGAAGAAGGACAAUGAAACAGAGAAGAAGGACAAUGAAACAGAGAAGAAGGACAAUGAAACAGAGAAGAAGGACAAUGAAACAGAGAAGAAGGACAAUGAAACAGAGAAGAAGGACAAUGAAACAAAGAAGAAGGACAAUGAAACAAAGAAGAAGGACAAUGAAACAGAGAAGAAGGACAAUGAAACAGAGAAGAAGGACAAUGAAACAGAGAAGAAGGACAAUGAAACAGAGAAGAAGGACAAUGAAACAGAGAAGAAGGACAAUGAAACAGAGAAGAAGGACAAUGAAACAGAGAAGAAGGACAAUGAAACAAAGAAGAAGGAUAAUGAAACAAAGAAGAAGGAUAAUGAAACAAAGAAGAAGGAUAAUGAAACAGAGAAGAAGUCUGAGGAAAAGGACGGAGAAGAGAAGAAGGGAGAAACAUCAAAUACUCCAAUUAAACCAGCAAACCAGACAACUAAGACAAAUACAACUGCCAAACCAGUAUUGAAACCAGGAUUAAAUCAGACAACAAAAGUCAACACAUCUAUACCAGAAAAGAAGGAAGAGAAUAAGGAAGAAGAGAAGGAAAUCCAAAGUUCAGAAGUUUCAUCAGAGUCAGAGUCAGAGUUAGAUUCUGAAUCUCCAAUUGGUUCAGAGUCAUCAUGCAGCUCUGAAAUGAGUGAAGAAUCUGCAAUCAGUGCUGAAUCAGAGAUCCCAGUUGAACCAUCAAUUUCCGCUUCAAGUGAAUCAUCUUCAUCCUCAUCCUCAUCAUCAAGUGAAUCUUCUGAAAUGUCAGAAGUCGAAGAAGACAAGGACACAGAGCCAAAACCAACACCAUCCCCAGAAAAGAAGGACGAAAAGGAAGAUGAUGAUAAGAAGGAAAAAAAGAAGGAAGAAGAAGAAAAGAAGGAAGAAAAGAAGGAAGAAGAUGAUAAGAAGGAUGAAAAGAAGGACAAAGAUGAUGAUGAAAAGGAAGAAGAAAAGAAGAAGGAAAAAGAAGACAAGAAGGAUGACGAUGAAAAAGAUGACGAUGAAAAGAUAGAAGAGAAGAAGGAAGAGAAGAAGGAAGAAAAGAAGGAAGAUAAACCAAAGGAAGAAGAGAAGAAAGAAGAAAAGAAGGAAGAUAAACCAAAGAAGGAAAAGAAGGAAGAUAAACCAAAGGAAGAAGAGAAGAAAGAAGAAAAGAAGGAAGAUAAACCAAAGAAGGAAAAGAAGGAAGAUAAACCAAAGGAAGAAGAAAAGAAGGAAGAGAAGAACGAAGAAAAGAAGGAAGAGAAGAAGGAAGAUAAACCAAAGGAAGAGAAGAAGGAAAAAAAGAAGGAUGAUGACGAAGAUGAAGAGGAUGCCAAACAGCAAAAUAACCCUGCAAAUAAGGGCAAAAAUGAAAUAGUCACAGAAUCCUAUAUCUCAUCCAAGGGAUUCUUCUUCCUUGUUUCUAUUAUUGUUGGUGUCGUUGCAGUGGCCGGUGCUGCUUAUUACUUCAUCCGCAUGCGUCGUAGACCAGAUGAACAACAAGAAGAGCCACUUCUUAUUACAGAUGAAUUUUAUUAA